AUAUGGUAUCUUUAGUGUAGCGAAUGGUAUGUUUAAAAAUAGUAAUUACGCGAUCAAAGUUAAAUCAUAUGUUAUCCGGAUAAAAGUACAUAAUACCUUAUUUGUAUUAUCGUUUCGGUAACAAGAUAAAGAUUGUUCACGAUUAGUGCGGACACGGUAGGAAGGAAAAUAGGUGGAAAAUACACCUUGUCGAAUACAGGCGUGAUUCUUUUGGUAUAACGGUAGAAAUCUUCCGUUCGAGACGAAUGGAAAAGUAGCUCAAGACUGUCUGGGGGUAAAGAGUUCUCGACGUGUCCGCUUAAUUCAGUUCUUUACUAGCAAACGUAACAUUAGCAUGACGAUUAGUCUGUCCUGCGAAUUGCAUCAAUUAACACUUUUCAAAAUUGCGGAAGAUUAAUUUCAGAAACAUGCUAUUCAUCGGUUCGAUUUGCGCUAUAAUUACAAGCAUUUUCAUGUAUCUUAAACAUCGCGACAAUUGGUCCAUUGCGAUCAGACGUCUCAUCAUUAAAGUGAAAUACUUUAUACUGGGCUUUAAAGAAGUAGUCAAUGAUGUUAUGAAUGCAAUAUAUAACAAAAAUGAUUCUCCACCUCAACCAGGCAGAAUUGCAAUUGUCACAGGAGGUUCUAGAGGGAUUGGUGUUGAUGUAGUUAAAAUGCUAUUACAACUUGAUAUGGAAGUAAUAAUUGCUUGCAGAACACCUGUUGCUGGUGAACAAACCAUUCUGAAAAUCAGAGAAUCUGGUGUUACAACCGGUCAAGCAAAAGUGUACAAACUUGAUAAUUCUUCUUUGGAAUCUGUGAAAGAAUUUGCUGCAGAGAUAAAAAAAGAUUAUAAACAAAUUCAUAUUUUAAUCAAUAAUGCUGGUGUUAUGUUUUGUCCAUAUCAGGAGACAAUAGAUGGUUUUGAACAACAGUGGGCCGUUAAUUAUUUAUCACAUUUUUUAUUGUCAGCCCUUCUAUUACCAUUGCUGAAAGCAGGCGGUCUCCCAGAAAAAACCAGUAGAAUCGUUAAUGUUAGCUCAUGUGCCCAACUUUUGGGUAAAAUUAAUUUCAGCGACAUUAACAACAAAAAUAAAUUCAUUACGGAAGAAGCGUAUGGACAAAGUAAAUUAGCGCAAGAAAUAUCCACAAAAACGUUGCAAAAUCUUUUCAAAGAGAAACAGUAUAAUGUACAAGUUUACUCUGUACAUCCAGGCAUAGUAUUUACAGAUCUUUUUGAAAAUACUUAUAUUUGGAGGUUUCAAUUUCUUUUCAAACGCAUUUUGAAAAAUCCCAGAAGGGGAGCUACUUCUAUUGUGUAUGCGGCUGUGAACAAAGCGAUUGAAAAAUGCGGCGGUAUAUACAUCAGUAACUGUCGUUCUAGUCCUGGUCACCCGGAUGCUUUGAAUUCAUCUAUUCAAAAACAAUUGCUGGAACUAUCUCUCAAACAAGUGCAGCUAAAAGACAUUUUCCAGUACGCAUAACGAUGCUAUGAACUAUCAACGUUGGACAUUUUGUAUUUAAGAGAAAUACUAUUUAUUACAAAUCAGAAACUAAAUAAAUUUGUACAUUAAUUUAAUUACGUACUUUCAAAAUGAAACAAUUUUAUAAACAAAUGUGUGUAUAAUACUAUUUUGUAAUUUAUUUAUUUGUAUCGAAUAUUACUAAGCAAAUUGAUAACAAUUUACAAUAAACUUAUAUGAUACAAGAGUAUUAAAAAUCUU